AAGUUACAUUUUCUACCAGCUUUUCUUCCUCUAAAGAUCAUUGGUUUUAGGAAGAGUUUAUGCCUGGCAAGUGGCGUCUGUUGCCUAUUAUGAGGAGCCCAAGUCUGAACACUUCUGCCCACAGUAUCUUGGUAUCAAAGUGGCUGAGGAAAACACAUUGUAGCUGCCCCAGGGUAAGCAUGAAAUAGACAGAGCUGAAUUUCAUCAGGAGUAGUGGCUUUGCAAGAUGAUGAUUCAUGGUGAUGGCUUGCAGGGUCAUAAACAAAAGAAGGCACAUGGGACUUCAACAACUUUCAUCAUUUGCAGAAACAGGAAGAACUUUCCUAGGCCCAGUAAAAUCCUCCAAAUUUAUUCAAGAUGAAGAGUGUCACGAAAGUGUGUUAAUCAGUUCAGCAGUAAGGCUUCUUGAAAAUUUGGAUUUAACCAAUGCAGUGGGACAACUUCUCAAUGAAGCAGUUCAAGCACAAAAUAACAUGUACAGAACUGGAACCAGUACUCUCUUGUUUCUUGUUGGUGCAUGGAGCCGUGCUGCUGAAGAAUGUCUUCAUUUGGGUGUCCCCAUUUCAUUGGUAGUGUCUGUAAUGUCAGAAGGCUUGAACUCUUGCAUUGAAGAGGUCGUUUCCCUUCACGUGCCUAUCCGCAAUGUAUUUGACCUUACAGACAACACGAAGACAUUUUCUGGUCUUGAAACAUUCAAUGUCAGCUUGUUCCCUUUUCUACAAAUCCCUUCAGGUACUGGCUUGAGGCAGGAAGAGCAUGAUCUCAAAGACGUUACCUCUCAGUCCUUGGCUGUCUGCAGUCUUUCUGGGAGACCUGUUAAAUCACCUAAACUCUUUAGGCCUCAGGCUAAGGUCAAAACAGAUAAAAACACAUCACAAACUCCUCAGGUUCUGAAAAACAGUCUGCUUGCUGACACCCGCUGCAGAAAGUCAGUCCUAACCCACAGUAGACAUUUUAGUAGCAGAGAUGAUAAUCAGUGGAUAAGCAAACCAGAUGGAUUUCUAGAGCAACGUGGUGCAGCUGCUCCUAAGACUUACAGAUGUGAUGAGUUGGUAGAGUUGGAGGUGGGUUUGAGUCACGGAGAUCACAGCAGCAUGAAACUGGUGGAUGAAGCAGUACGGCUGCAGUGUCAGAGCUCAGGAAUGCAGCAUGGCAGCAGUUCAAGGCCAUUUCUGUUGGACAUUUCAAGAAUCUUCACUUGGUGCUUACCAGGUUUACCUGAAACUUUUUCUUGCGUCUGUCCAGGAUAUAUCACUGUUGUAUCAAUAACUAGUACCGCUGUGAUCAAGGAAUUGCAGCAUCAGCCUACCCGGGUAGUUCUCAUUGAGGGUGACCUCACAGAGAAUUAUCGUCACCUAGGAUUUAACCAGUCUACAAAUAUUGUCACAGUAUCAGAAAGCACAAAGUUUCAGCAAGAUAGUCUAGAAGAACUAUGGACAAGUCAUGUUUUACAGGUAUUAAUCAGGUUCAACGUGAACCUUGUCCUGGCACAAGGAAGUGUAUCUGAGCGCUUAAUUGAAAAAUGCACACAAAGUAAGCGGCUGGUAAUUGGGUCAGUGAAUAGCAAUGUGAUGCAGGCUUUUGCAGAGGCUUCAGGAGCAGUGCCAGUGGCCUAUGUUACACAAGUGAAUGAAAACUGUGUGGGCAGUGGGGUCUAUGUGACCUUCUGGAGAAACGUUCCCUUCAGUGCUUCAGUGCAGAUCCAAAGAAUAGCAAUCAUGUUAAAAACAGAGGGAAUGAAUUUGGUGACAGUAGUGCUGACUAGCCCAAUCCCUGCCCAGAUGCAAGCCAAAGAAGAUAGGUUCUGGACUUGUGCCUAUCGCCUGCAUUGUGCUCUAAAAGAGCAGAAGGUCUUCCUCGGAGGGGGCACAGUUGAAUUUUUAUGUCUUAGCCAUCUUCAAAUUCUUGCAGAGCGAUCUCUGCAUAAAGGAAACCAAGGCUGUUCAGAAUGGCUUCGUAAUACUUCCUCUUGGCUGGCCUCAUCUGUGGCACUAUACAGACCAACUGUGCUUAAAUGCCUGGCAAAUGGAUGGCACAGGUACCUUUCAACUCUCCUAUGUAAUACUGCCAGUUACUCAUCAGAAUGUGAAGCCAGCACAUUGAUUCAGCAGCAUCUGCAAAAUGCAGUAGACUCUGGCUCUCCUUUGUCUUACAUCUUGAAUGAAUAUACUAAACUAAAUAGUGGAAUUUUUAAUUCAGGCAUUUCAGAUAAACUAGAAGAGAUUCCAAGAGUUUAUGACAUUGUUACACCAAAGAUUGAGGCAUGGCGCCGAGCUUUGGAUUUAGUACUGUUAGUACUUCAGACAGACAGUGAAAUUAUUACUGGACUUGGACAUACACAGAUAAAUUCACAGGAAUCAGAGGGCUUUUUAUUUUUGUAGUAUUACUGGCUAAGACUUCGGAAAAUAAUCUUGAUAACUUAUCAUGCUAACAAUAAGUUUUCUAGUAGCCAGGUCUUAGUAUAUAAAAUGCCAGCUUUUACCAAGAAGAAAAUAGGGAGUUCCCGUCGUGGCGCAGUGGUUAACAAAUCCGACUAGGAACCAUGAGGUUGCGGGUUCGAUCCCCACCCUUGCUCAGUGGGUUAACGAUCCAGCGUUGCCAUGAGCUGUGGUGUAGGUUGCAGACGCGGCUCGGAUCCCGCGUUGCUGUGGCUCCGGCAUAGGCUGGCAGCUACAGCUCUGAUUCGACCCCCAGCCUGGGAACCUCCAUAUGCCACAGGAGCGGCCCAAAGAAAUAGCAAAAAGACAAAAAAAAAAAAUAAUUGAUAUUUAUCAAAUAACUGUACAGUGUCUGAGACUUCACCCUACUUGUAAUCUAGCAAGUUAGCCUGUUACUAUUUCUUGCAGUGCAGAAGAAUAUUCAAGAUGCUUGGAUCAGAGACAAAAGACUUUCAUUAUUCACAGCAAAAGCAGUAGCCAGAGCUUCAGGUUGCUUUGUAUCAGUUCCCCAUUUCUCUGAGUCCCACAAGAGCAACGCCAAGGGCCAAUGAUGGAAGCCUACACAUGCUGUGUGUUGUGUUCCAGAAGAGGAACACUGAGCUUUGGGUACCCUCUGCUUCUCUCAUAAGCAGAAACAAUCCGGUUCUUUGUUCAGGGUAGUUGUUACCUCAUGCCUCAGGGUUGCUCAGUACACGCAACCCAGAGACACAGACUGGGUAAGGAUAGGUCAUGGCCUACUGAGAAGAUGCCAUGACUGAGAUAGGUCAUGACAUGCAGUGUCACUCACAACCCAUAAUGGAUAGCCUCUUCUGGCAGUUUAUUCCUCAGCCUGCAUGUUCUUGACCAGUCUUGAAUGUUCAUGUGAGUAUGCCACUCUGUUGGCCACUGUAAUUAAUCUGGCAAGCAGUUUGCUUAGUCAGUUCCAAGUCCAUUCAGUUGGUCUCAUAUAGCAACUAAAUUAAGGCUACUGAAGCAGACUCUGAGCAGCAGGAUGAAGCCAGUCUGCAGUGACUCUCAGUCAGGUCCCCCAGUGUCCUAAAUUUAGUCACAUGUAAAUUCCAGGAGAGGAUCAAUAGGUCUGUUUAUUAGCCAAAAUGUAGUCCAACACCAAUUUAUUAUCCAUUAUGAAUCAUGCAAGGGAGCUUUGACUGACUUGCUAAUCUUUGUUGUCAUUGCCAAAAUUAUAGGAGGCAGUAGAUGGGCCAAAAUGCAACUCCCGUCUGUAGUGGAGAGAACUUUGUGGCCCAUUUUCCCUACAUACAGACACAUAACCCCAACAGGCCCAGGUCACUGUAUCUCAGGAUUUGUUGUUAAGUCUGAUUUGAAUCACCAUUGUAUCAAUUUGAUUAAGUCCCAUAGGUCGUGUCAUCCAGUAGUUGCAGCCUCAGUUUCCAUACAUGGCCAAAUGUAAGACCACACCAACACUAGGAGAAACAUAUCAGUUGGGUUGAAACAAAGUUGUCCUGCUUCCUAUGUAUGUGCAUGUUCACAUCUGGGAGCUGCCAUUAAUGGCACGUCCUGCCUCCAAUGCUGGAAACGAGUCUUACUAAGUAUUCAGCCUCCUUUAUGAUGGUGGGUGGUCAGGGAAACAGCAUCUCUUUUUUUGACUUCCAGAAGGACUGAGUGCUAUGAAUCUCUCCAGAUGGUCUCAAGGAACUUUACUUGGCAAACAGUGUUGUGAAUUUUGUUUGGGUUUAUGAGUCACUCCUGUUGGUAGAGGUAGAUAACACUACAGCCAGGAAACUAAUGGUCCCAGUCAGGGUCAUUGAGACAGGCUACUAACUUGUCAACCACCAGAACAUCUGCUUGUCAUCUCUAUAGCGAACACUUGAGGCAUCAGCGCAUAGAGGCGCUCACUCUAAAUCCUAGCCUCUGAAUGGGUUAGGAUAGCUUAGGGCAUGGUGGUGGAUGGUAUGAAGUUUGUCUCAUUUCUCUCCUUAUAGCAAUACCCUGAGAAAGAGGAUCACUUCUGGCACUUUGUGAGCAUUUAAGUUUAAGCAUACAACCACCUUGAUACCAGUUUAUAUUUUCAUAGCAAGAGUUCAUUGAAUUGGGCCAUUGGGCCCCACACACAGGGUCACUUUUUUUCUUUAUCGCACGAUUUGCUCCAAUCCUGUUCAUUUACUUUAGUCACUCCUCCCCGCACCUCCCUCCCCAGUGGAAACAUGGACCAAGAAACUUAAUACUUUCACAGUAGGGGCUUUAAUAGCCACUGAGGCAUGGUCUUCCUGGCUGGUAGCUAGGAAGGAGCAGAGGGAGGGAAGCAGGCAAGGAGGGGCUUAGUUUUUUGGUUCUUCAUUUCAGUAUUGAUGCCAUCUUCUCCCCUCCCAUCCCAGGCUCCAGGGAUUUUUCUUUUUGCCCUCUACACACCACUGUGUCUCCUCAGCCCUGCAGUCCUGGGUACCUUUGGCCACCCUCUGGUCAGUGCCCACUUCCCUGGGUGGGAUGGUCACUUGGGCACCUGUAUCUAGCAGAACUAUAAAAGUGAGUCACUUUCUUCCCCCAAGUGCCCCAUCACGCUUGGUUUUUUCCUUUCAGCAGCUGAGGUCAGGGGGGAGGACGAAGGAGGUAUUAAGUGUAGGGGGAGAGAAUGGCUCCGUCCCAGCAAGCAGCGCUUGUGUUAACUUUUGGUUUUGAUCAGCUGCCCAACUAUUGCCCAAAAAAACUUGUAUUUAUGGUCUACUCAGAGUAGUAUUUCCUCAUCGCUGACAGCAUUUCUUUCUGCUUUGGGGACCGCUUGUCUUAGCAGCCACAGCUAGUUUCUCCUCAGCUAGUGCAGGCGGGCACACCGCCUUGCUGUCGUGUUCAGUCUUCCUCCCCCAACCCAAGGCAAGUGAGCAACAACCAAGGCACUGUUUGGGUGGCUUGUUUUAAUGCUAUGGCACCGUUUGGGUGGCUUGUUUUAAUGCUGUCUUUCAUACUUAGUCUCCAAGUGUUCAUUAGCAGGUAAACAGUAGGAGGCCUGCAUCCCCUCCCGUCUUCCCGCUACUUGAGCGAAAGCCAAAGUGAAAACUCUUGGAGCCACAAGUCAUAUCUCUUAACCCAGCCUACCAGGGCUCUCAUCUUCUCCAGAGAACCAUGGCUCUCUCAAGUCAAAACUGGCAAGAACUAGGCAGGCUCUCAGGUGUUGGCCAGUUUACAAGCUCACAAGUUAGCCUGUUAAAAUUUCAUGAGAUAUUGGCAGAAGACUCAAGACAAAGACUUUAUAAAAGUAACCAGAGCUUCCUGUUGGUUUAUGUUGGUCCCCGGUAUUCCCAAGUCCCACAGGGCUGACAUAAAAAGUCCAUGAUGAAUGCCUGCACAGACAGUAAGUUUGUGUUACAGGAGAGGAACACUGAGCUUAGGCAAUACCCAGCUUUUAUAAUAAGCACGAGCAAGCCUAUUCUUUAUCUGGAGAAAGAUGGAACAUCAUCAUCAUUCAAGGGUGCUCACUGCAAACAGAGCCUUGAGAAAUGCCCUGGAAAAGAGAACUCAGUACCCACCAAGAACAUGCAGGGAUUCCUGAGCCAGAAAUUAAACAUUAUAGGGCCUCAAUUAUGUGUGAAGUUUUGGGAAUUGAAUAUUAGCAGAGCUCUGAUAAAUUAAUAGUUGUAAGUUACCGAUUAUCUACCAUGUUCCAGGUAACAUUCAAAGUUCUUUAUGUGUUUAAUUUGUUAAGAGUCACCACAACAAAGUACCACAUACUAGGUGGCUUAAACAACAAAAAUUGAUUUUCUCACAAUUCUGGAAGCUGGAAGUCUGCGAUCAAGAUGUGGGUAGGGCUGGUUUCUUUUGAGGCCUCUUUCCUUAAUUUGAAGAUGACUGUCUUCUCCCUGGGUCUUCACAAGGUCUUUCUCUGUACCUUUGUCCAAAUUCCCUCUUCUUGUAAGGACACCAGUCAUAUUGGAUUAAGGCUCACCCUCAUGACCUCGUUUUAACUUAAUUGCCUUUUAAAGGACCCUUUCUCCAAAUACAGUCACAUUUUGAGGUGCUAGGGUUUAGGACUUCAGCAAAUGAAUUGGGAGAGGGACGCAAUUCAGCUAAUAACACAUAUGUAGUCUCAGUCUUUGCAACAUCUAUUCCCUCCACUCUGUAGAUGAGGAAAUGAGCUUAGUAAGGUUAAGAAACUUGCCCAAAGUCUCAGAGAUACUAGGUAAUAGAGCUGGCAUUUGAACUAAGGUUUUAUCUAGCUCCAAAGUCUGUAUUUCUAAACAUUAAUUGUUAUGUGAAGCACUUUCUUCCUGCAAGGUAACAACAAAACAAGAAAAGAGAAUGCCUGGUUUAUUUACAAGACUAAUUUAAAUGUAUUAGAAAAUAUAAAUUUAUUAUCCUCAUGUUUGGGUAAAAGAAUAUCAUUGUGGGGUUUGUCUUAUAUGUGAUAACCUGCGAACUUUGCACAGAUGUCAUUUCAAUUGUACAUACUGUCAUUGUUCAAAGAAUAACAAAAUUGAGUGUAGAACUGUUUUUAAAAAUAUUUUCUUUUCCUUGAGUAGAUACUGAUUUUUUCUCCCUCUGUAUACUAUUAACACUUAGUUUUUGUUAAAAUAUUUUGAAGAUUAUGAAUGCCACUGAUAUUAACAUAGGUGUUCAGCUCACUAUAUAGAUUUUUUUUUGCUAAGCUAGUAUUUGCAUGUAUUUAUACUCUUAAGUACUGAGUACAUCUUUUAAUUUUACUUUGAAUAUUUUACUUUGAAACUAGAAGUCUCACUCUAAUAGAGGUUUUGUAAGUUUGUUUUGUUUCCAGAUUAAAAAAAAAAAACAAAACUUUGUAUUAUCAUGUGGUUUAUCAGCUAUUUUUCUAAAUCUUACAAUCAUAAGAAAUAUCUUUAAAUUUUAAUUACUCAAGGAACACUUCUGUCCUUGUAAACUGAGGACAGUCCCUUGGAUAAACUUAAUUCAUCUAAGUAAGUGAAGUUUUUAAGAAACCCUAUCUACAAGCAGGUAUAGACAUUUUUUAAAAGACCAGUGUUGACAUCUUUGUAAGACCAGUCUACCUCUUGAAAAAUUGUAGAUUACAAAGAGGUUUGCAGUUAUCCUGCAUCCAUAUUAUAGCUCAUUUUCCCAAAGAUAAAUAACUUCUCCUGGACCAGGGGUUAACUAGUUCUUCAAAAAAUAAUACUUAAUUCUAGGAAUUCCUGUUGUGGCUCAGUAGUAAUAAACCCGACUAGUAUCCAUGAGGAUGUGGGUUCAAUCUCUGGCCUUGCUCAGUGGGUUAAGGAUCAGGCAUUGCUGAGAGCUGUCGUAUAGGUCACAGAAGCAGCUUGGAUCCCAAGUUGCUGUGGCUGUGGCAUAGGCCAGCACCUGUAGCUCUGAUUUGACCCCUAACCUGGGGAACUUCCAUAUGCUGCAGUUGCAGCCCUAAAAA